AUGACUGAAGCAGCUGGUCUGUGGUGGUCAGAUAGUGAUAGUGAUAGUGGUAGUAAUAAUUUAAGCGACGUAGCACCUAAUAGUACGAUUAGUAAUAUGGACGAAGUAGAUGAUAUUAGUGAUAGCGAUAGCGGUAAUGACAUUUAUAGAAAUAUACAAAUUAAUAAUCAUGGAGAAGGUAUUAUGGGGAUACUUAGUUUUAGGGAUCAUUUAGAUAUAAUAGAAAGCAUUUUUAAUGAAGUAGAAGAUAGGUACGAAAUUAGGGAUAGUGAUGAAGACUGGUAG